GCUAAAGACGCGCUGGAGAAUGGGGAGGUUCCCGUCGGUUGCCUCCUGGUGCACAACGGCGAGGUUAUAGGGAGGGGUAGGAACGAGGUCAACGAGACGAAGAACGCUACUCGACAUGCAGAAAUGGUUGUAAUCGAUCAAGUCCUCGACUGGUGCAAGCGACACAACAGAGAUUAUACAGAGGUGUUUGCACACUCGCUGCUGUACGUAACUGUAGAGCCUUGUAUCAUGUGCGCAGCUGCCGUGCGCUUGAUGAAAAUUCCACGGGUCAUAUAUGGCUGUCGAAAUGAGCGAUUUGGAGGCUGUGGCUCAGUUUUAAGCAUCUCAUCUGAUGAUAUGGUAGACACAGGAGAUCCAUUUGAAUGCAUUUCUGGCUAUCGUGCUGAAGAAGCAGUGGAACUGUUAAAAGCUUUCUACAGGCAAGAAAAUCCCAAUGCACCAAAAUCAAAAGUACGGAAAAAGGACAAGCGUAAAUAG